AUGGCAACAAUAUUUCAAGACGCCCGGCUCAGCCCGUCAAUAGCCCAGAGGAUCUACUCGUCCCUCCCCUCUACUUCCUGCACGAGGCUUUUGCAGGUUGAGCCAGGCUCAUACCAUGAUAUUCUCAAAGCUUCACUUAUCGUGGUGGAUAUUUCCUCGCCCUCAUGCCCCGAGUAUGAAUGCAUAUCCUACACAUGGGGUGACGAGAUAUCGCCUAACUCCAUCAGCAUGCAUGGGAACGAGGUCCCGCUCCGACUGAAUCUAGAUCAAGCCUUCCGUCGCUUUCGCUUACCUACAAAGCCCAGGCUUCUAUGGGUCGAUGCCAUCAGCAUCCGACAGGACGACACCAACGAGAAGGCCCAACAGGUCAAAAUGAUCGGUGACAUUUUCCAGAGUGCCACAAGGGUCCUGGCGUGGCUGGGCGAGCACGCUGACUCUAGCGAGAACCUCUUCAACAUCUCCGAAGAGGCUGCGAGAAGCCUGUUCGACCAUGACCGCGCCCAGUUUCGGCAGAAGUACGACACGCUGGCCCGAUUCGUGGAGCGUCGCUACUGGCAGAGGACUUGGAUCGUCGCGGAGAUCGUCUGCGCCCGUGAGCUGGUGAUUUGCUGCGGGCCGGACCGGAUUGCGUGGGCGCAUCUUCUCAUGUACAAGUUCACCGACGUGAUGCGAUUCGACCAGGGCUGGACGAGAAAACUGACCAAGUUGGACGACGCGCGACAGGCCCAUAAGUUCGCGCACGACCCGUCCCAUAUAUCAGACGUGGAGUGGGAGGGCCACCGCGAACUACAGGGAUAUCUGUAUGCGACGGAGAACACGGAGUGCCUCCAGGUUCGGGACAAGAUAUUCUCCCUCCGUGCAAUCCUGCACAGCACGAGCAUGCGCACCGCCAUCCGCGUCAAUUACACGAUGUCGAUCCCCGAGCUCUGCGCCGACACGCUGAAAGCCGCCCUGGUAGCCUACGACAGCGAGCGGAACAACAUCGCCGAGUUCCUGCUCUUGUCGUACCAGCUCGACAAGAGCCUCGCAAUGACCUUCCCCGAAAGACUCCAGGUGAUCGACCUACUCCUCGAUGACGUGGAGGGCCUCGAGGCACCGGCACUGGCCAUCGUGAACGACAUCCUCUUCGAUGGCACGGCCGAGAAGUUCUUUGAGAUCGAGUACGAACCCCUUGACACGGACUGGAGCUGGGAGCAACAGAGAGACCAUGUCCUCUCGUGGUGCGACAAGGCCCGACGGACGGGGAAGUGGCCCGCCACACCUUCAACAGCUCAAGCUCACGUCUGA